AUGGCAGCAAAGGGACUGGUGCAUGUUGUUGGUGUGGAUGUUAAUCCCGUCAGUGCUUUCAGAUAUGUGCUAGUGUGUGUAUGCACACCUUGCACAAGGAGCAGCACCAGCAAGUAUGUUGUGUGCAAAUAUGACUGGGUAGAGCUUAAGAAGCAGAGAUGUGACUGUGUGUGCUUGGGGGCAAGAAGGAUUCUUCGCGAGAGUGAGGAGAAGACCAUCUAUGUUUAUACAUUUGCCAUGGGUUUUGAGAGAGCAAAUUGUUCUGUGCCUAAAGAGAAGCUGAAAUCCAAGUACCCAGACUAUGAAAUCACUUGGGCAGGUGAAGGCUACUAA